AUGCAUUGCGAAGAUGCCAGAUGGUUUUCGAUCAAUGUCAACGGUUUUGGGUGGAAGAUCUGGAUCCUUCUAUCCCAGAAAGACACGGCGACAUUCGAGAAAUACAUCAGAAAACGCUGGGGCGACGGCAUCUGCGAUGAUCAGUGGGUUCGCCACCACAGCCUGUUCAUUAGCCCGAAGGAGCUGCGUAGGGCAGGCAUCAACUUCGAUCUCGUCGUCGCUGGUCCUGGCGAUGCGGUGGUCACCGCACCCGGACAGUACCACGAAGUCGUCAACAUGACGUCCUCGCUAGCUGUUGCUAUCAACUUUCAGCUACCCAGCGAGCCGAUAUUCCCGGGAUCUACAUGGCGCGUUUGUCAAGAAUGCGGUCUAUAUGCGUUGGGCGAUAAUGAAGGGCGCGGCGUAUUAAAGAGAGUAGAGCCUUCACCCCCACCCUCUCCCCCCUCCUCGCCCAAUGAUGAUUGCGAGGAGACGGAGCACAUCGACUCUGGAUUGUCUAAGCAAACAGCCACAUUGAGUGCUUCUGCUCCUGCCAGGGUCUCCCCAAAAGACAAGGGGAGGCGCGCUGCAGGCAAGCCAGAAUCAGCAAGACAGGGCCAUGACAACACCCACCAGCCCAAAAGGAAACGCUCCACAGGCGGGUCGUCGGCACGACGCACUCAAGAAAACUCGUCAUGUCAACCAGAAGAGCCACCACGAGACAGGCGACCAGCGAAGCUGCGGAAGGAUACUCCAGAUCUCAGGGAGCUAGCAAACGAAAUAAUUGGUCCACAUGCGAGAAUGCGACUCAGGGGCCAUAUUAUUACAUUGGUCAAUAUCGCUACCGAGAGGAAGAGCCUCGUCCUGGGCUCAGAUUCCGUUUUGCCCAAUGAUUGGGCGAAACAAGUGGACCAUUACUAUUCGCUUUCUCAGCAAUGGGAGAAGUAUGAAGCGUUCAGCGGAAUGGUGGCUUCGAUUUUUGCCACCAAGGCCGUUAUGGUCAUGUACGACAAACUUUUUCCCGGCAAAACAAUAUUUGACGACGACGGCAAACUAAAAAGUUUUCCGGGAAACCACGCCGACAAAUUCGCAGCACAAUUCAGCAUAUCGCCCCUCUCGUUUAGGACCUGGAAAGCGCAGAAAGGCAACCUCAUCAGGCUCGGAAUGGAUUUUAUACCAUUGCUGCCAUCCGUCCGAGUUUUCCAGCGACUGAGCAAGCCAGAAUUGACAGAACUCCUGGGAUAUCUAAGCAGCAGUGAAGCCGAACAAAUGAAAACUAUCGGCAGGGAAUUCCGGGCACGUGUUUUGAAAGGCGACAUUUCUCUUUGGGUAGAAAAAACACACGACGAACUCAGGACAAUGGAUAUCGAAACACUCCUUGGGAUCUCUGUUCCCGGUUCAUAAUGUCUAGGGAAAGAGUCAGAGAACAAAAAAAAACUUCAGACCAGCAUGGGGGCCAGCUAGAGCCUCAAGUCUCACCAUGUGAAGUCGAAAGCAGGGGCGCGAUCAGUUCGGUUCCAUGCGGGGCUUGCUGCCCUCCUCGCCACGCAAAGAUCCAUCCACACCCGCACCGUUACCAACACGGGUGUUGUGCCACUGCCAAGGUUAUCGUGCAGACAACAAUGGGGGAGGCUGAGCAGUGCAGAGUGCAUGAACAGAGGCGAGAACAAAAACGGAAACAAGGCCACUAAAAGAGAGCCGUCUACGACCGAGAGCGCUGGGCGAACCAGAGUUCGCAGCUGUCGGCCCAGCCAAGGGUGCCAGCUCGACUGGGCUGCCAUGCGAGCGCUGCAGGACCAUUCUUGUCCGCGUAGGAGAAAAGAUGAUGCGCUCAUUUGCCUGCUUUGCGGCCCAGAAGCUAGCAGGUAAGGGACGGGGGUGCUGCAGGUCCAGUAGGAGCGAGGGACAUCAAGACCGCCAGUCGGGUUUUGAAGCCCAGGCGGGGGAUGGCGGUGGCUGACGCAGGCCAUCCGAAUCCCCCUUUUUUCC